UACUUUUUUAAAGAAAAAGAAAAAAAUCGAAAACGUGAAGGUAGGUCCAAAUAUGGGCAAAGCCACCACAAGAAUUCAGAUGAGCCACCGUGUCUUGUCACCAAGUUACAAUUACAAUUACGCCGAAAAUAAUCCUAAUGAUCAACCGGCUAUUCAACUAUCCGGUUCGAUCUUCGGGUUUCUUGAGGACGAAAAUACUAUAUUUUCGUCCCUAGAAUCCCAAGGUUACUCCGAAAUUCAACAAGAGUUUGAAGACGAAGAUGAGAUCGAAAAAGCCACCGAAGGCAUUGAGGACAAAGUUAAAUUUUGGGAGACCCAACAUACAAAUUUACAUACAACGUUGUAUAGAACAACAUCAUUAGAAUCGAAAAUCAGAACUACAACAAAACAAGCAAUUGCGGAACUAGAGGCGGCCGAGAACAAUGUAUGUUCUUGCUUGAGACCGAUAUCCACAGGCUGUCGAAGUUGUCGAAUGACAGAAAUCUGUCGCCGGUUACAGGAUUCCGGUUACAAUUCUGCCAUUUGCAAGUCUAAAUGGAAAAGCUCAUUCGAUAUCCCAUCGGGUGAACACACUUUUGUAGACGUAAUCGAUCAUUCUAAUUGCAAAAAAGGAGAAGUGAGGGUGAUAAUCGAGUUAGAGUUUCGGGGCCAAUUCGAGAUGAAGAAAGGAAGCGUGGAGUACAAUGAUCUCGUAUCAAAACUCCCCGAUGUGUUUGUCGGGAAAAUUGAGAGACUACAAAAUAUAGUUAAAAUAUUAAGUAAUGCCGCGAAACGUUGCAUGAAGGAAAAGAAAAUGCAUCUAGGACCGUGGCGAAAACAACGUUAUGUUGAAGCUAAAUGGCUUAGAGUCGUCGAACGAACAACUUCCAUGGCUUUGAACAAACCGUUGAUGGUUGAUAAUUAUUAUUUCAAUAGCCCGGUUAGUACUAAAGCUAGGGCUUCAAUGCUAACUAUGGAUCUUGUUGAUCAUAAUUUGCCGAAGGUUCAUAACUAUUAUGCACCCGUGGUUGAAGUCUUGUAAAUAAAAACUUUGUGUGUGGUGGUGUAUAACAAUAUAAUUAAGUGUUUGUCACUCGGGAUAUGUUAGCUGUAAAAUAUAUGAAUUAUAAUUUACACUCUAAA